UGACACUUGUAUAAGACACACAAGGAAGUGUUUCUCCAUCUAAAACCAAGAAAUUGAAGUGCAAGAAAAGCAAGCUGAGUCGCCGCAAAAAGCUAAAGAAAUACAUCCCAGAGGUCAAAGCAGAAACUUCCCCCAGUGAUCUGCUGAAAAGAGAUGGAAACAUACUCUUGGUUGGUAAGCCUGGAAUCGGAAAAACAGCACUUGCUCAUGAAAUGUUAAAACUCUGGGCAGAAAGAGAGAACAAGGAGCUUGAUUACAUGUUUUACUUCGACAUGAGAGAAACAGCCCACAUCAGAGAUGACUCGAGCUUGGAGGAUCUCCUCUUCACUGUGUUCAGUGAACCAGAUGAAAGCAAAGAAGAAGUCUUACAGGACAUAAAGAGUAACUCUGACAAUGUUACACUCAUUUUUGAUGGAAUCACAGAUCUGUCUUCAUCAGUGGUGAAGAGACUUGUUGAGAAGGACCUGCUACCUGAUGCCAAGAUCAUCGUGACAUGUAGACCAGAUGAUGAAGACGAGUUCUCUUCUGAGGACUUUCUCAGAGUGGAAGUAAAAGGCUUCAGUGAGCAGACCAUAAAAACAUACCUCUCUGCAAUGCUCGGAGAAGAACAGGAGAAGGUUUUGAGGAACGUGGAGUUGUUAACUCUUUGUCACGUCCCAAUGUAUGCACUGAUGGUGGCUGCCUGCUUUUCAUACGAGACACCAGAAGACUCUCCACAGCCAUGUACCAUGACUGAGAUCUACAUCAGUAUUGUUCGUCAUUGUCUCCAAAUAAACAGCAACAACACAAAAAACAAACAUCUCAAUUCCUUCAUCAACAACAAGAGGAAGGCAUUACUGUCUUUGGCUGAGGUUGCUUUUCAUGCAACUGAAGGUAAAAGUGUGAACCUGACAGAAUGUCCCUGUGAAGACAGCUGUGUCCUUUCCUUUCUGAAACAACUUGAUUACAAAGUUGGCCCGACUGAGACGAUAACCACAUACGCGUUCCUCCACUACACUAUGCAGGAGUUUUUUGCAGCAGUGUGGCUCGUGAAGAAUCCAGAUAAGAUCAAGGAUGUUUUUCAGCAGUGCCUCACUGAGGAGAAGAAACACAUGAAACAUCUGAUCCCUUUCAUGUGUCGACUGUUGAAUGAGAAGAGCCCUAGUUUGAUGAAGUGUCUGAUUCCAGCCGAGGAGCUCAAGAAUACUUCCAACUGGUUCUUUGAGGAGAUGAUAAGCACACUUUCCCCUCAUCUGUGUAAGAAAGAUGACGCUGAUCCUGAGGACAGUGAGCUUGAUGUGGACAUUCUGUUCCUAUGCCAGUGCUUGUAUGAGUCCCAGUGUCCUGAAGCAUGCCUCGACCUUCUGCACAAACUGGACUACCAUCUGGAUCUCAGUGGAGAGAGUCUCGACCCUUACCCUUGCUGUGCUGUGGCUUAUGUGGUCACUCAGUUAAAGGAGAGGAAAAUACAUCUGAACCUUGAGGACGUAAUGGUAUCAGAACAAGGAAUGAGACGACUAUUUGGAUGCCUUAAAAAUGCCCAAUGGUACGGGAGUGGCCCUCUGCCACGGCAGCUGUGGGAGAUCUUCCUUCUCAAUGAAGGCCAGAUGAGACACCUCAGCUUACCUGGCCUUGAUGAAAAUGAGUUGCACCUUCCAGUUGAGGGUAAAAGACAUCUGUUUGAAAGAGCAGCAACAUUCAUGCAGAAGAGAACGACAAAGGUUAAUGUCUGCCUCCACUGGGAAAGGGAAACUCCAGUCUGCCAGAGUCUGUGCAGGUUCUUCUUUGAGGCUUUGCCACACAUCCGCUCACUCAGCUUCAGGAUGCCCUGCAGAGGUUCAGGACUACAGGACCAGCAGCAAUGCCUUGGGACACUGCAGAGGGAAGAAAGGCAGCUGUUGCUGGAUUUUUGCCUGAAAGCAGCACUUUACAAAGAAGAAAACUUUCAUGAUGUAGUGAUUAUCCUCCUCUCAUUGUUUUCUGUUAACAUUGAGCUGCAUAACAUCCUUCUUGAUUUUUAUCAACAUGUCAAGAAGGAAGAUUUUCCAGGUGUCAUUCCAAAACUAAGGCCACUGUUCCAGUCAGCAUCUGCAGUCUGGACCAUAACCCUCUCAGAGAGAAAGACCUCCAUCCUCCUGGAAGUGCUGAAACUCCAACCAGAGAAGAAACAAGUGGAGCUGACAGGCUUCUCACAUGAAGAGAGUGAAGUGAGGAGUUUCCUACAGUGUCUGCCUUAUAUCUCACAGCUCAGUUUUGUGCCUCAGUCAUCAGAACCUUCAGAAGAAAUCAAGUUCUUUGGGAAUCUGUUUUGUGCAGCAGCAGAGAGAGAACAGCAGACAGGAGAGAAGAUACUGGAGCUGUUAUCAUCACUGUGCACAUACAAAAGAGAACCUCUAAAAGAUGUCAGGUGUGAUUUCCUGCUGGAUCUGUUCUCCCACCUGAAGGACUAUGAGACUAAAACAGGCCUGAGUGUCCUUCCAUCAUUACAGUCAGUUUUCCAGUCAGCUCCUGCAGUCUGGAUCAUAAACCUCUCAGAGAGAAAGACCUCCAUCCUCCUGGAAGUGCUGAAACUCCAACCAGAGAAGAAACAAGUGAAGCUGAUAGACUUCUCACAUGAAGAGAGUGAAGUGAGGAGUUUCCUACAGUGUCUGCCUUAUAUCUCACAGCUCAGCAGCAGAGAGAGAACAGCAGACAGGAGAGAAGAUACUGGAGCUGUUAUCAUCACCGGCACAUACAAAAGAAAACCUCUAAAAGAUGUCAGGUGUGAUUUCCUGCUGGAUCUGUUCUCCCACCUGAAGGACUAUGAGACUAAAACAGGCCUGAGUGUCCUUCCAUCAUUACAGUCAGUUUUCCAGUCAGCUCCUGCAGUCUGGACCAUAAACCUCUCAGAGAGAAAGACCUCCAUCCUCCUGGAAAUGCUGAAACUCCAACCAGAGAAGAAGCAAGUGAAGCUGAGAGUCUUCUCAGAUGAAGAGAGUGAAGUGAGGAGUUUCCUACAGUGUCUGCCUUAUAUCUCACAGCUCAGCAGCAGAGAGAGAACAGCAGACAGGAGAGAAGAUACUGGAGCUGUUAUCAUCACCGGCACAUACAAAAGAAAACCUCUAAAAGAUGUCAGGUGUGAUUUCCUGCUGGAUCUGUUCUCCCACCUGAAGGACUAUGAGACUAAAACAGGCCUGAGUGUCCUUCCAUCAUUACAGUCAGUUUUCCAGUCAGCUCCUGCAGUCUGGACCAUAAACCUCUCAGAGAGAAAGACCUCCAUCCUCCUGGAAAUGCUGAAACUCCAACCAGAGAAGAAGCAAGUGAAGCUGAGAGUCUUCUCAGAUGAAGAGAGUGAAGUGAGGAGUUUCCUACAGUGUCUGCCUUAUAUCUCACAGCUCAGUUUACCUCUCUACUUCAGCUCAGGUGAAGCAAAGUUCUUUGGGAAUCUGUUCUGUGCAGCAGCAGAGAGAGAACAGCAGACAGGAGAGAAGAUACUGGAGCUGUUAUCAUCACUGUGCAGAUAUGAAACAUUCCCUUUUCAUCACCUGGAUUAUGAUGAUGAUGAAUAUUAUCAGUAUUAUCAGAUUGAUUUCCAGCUGGAUCUGUUCUCCCACCUGAAGGACUAUGAGACUAAAACAGGCCUGAGUGUCCUUCCAUCAUUACAGUCAGUUUUCCAGUCAACUCCUGCAGUCUGGACCAUAAACCUCUCAGAGAGAAAGACCUCCAUCCUCCUGGAAGUGCUGAAACUCCAACCAGAGAAGAAACAAGUGGAGCUGAGAGGCUUCUCAGGUGAAGCAAAGUUCUUUGGGAAUCUGUUCUGUGCAGCAGCAGAGAGAGAACAGCAGACAGGAGAGAAGAUACUGGAGCUGUUAUCAUCACUGUGCAGAUAUGAAACAUUCCCUUUUCAUCACCUGGAUGAUGAUGAUGAAUAUUAUCAGAGUGAUUUCCUGCUGGAUCUGUUCUCCCACCUGAAGGACUAUGAGACUAAAACAGGCCUGAGUGUCCUUCCAUCAUUACAGUCAGUUUUCCAGUCAGCUCCUGCAGUCUGGACCAUAAACCUCUCAGAGAGAAAGACCUCCAUCCUCCUGGAAGUGCUGAAACUCCAACCAGAGAAGAAACAAGUGGAGCUGAUAGACUUCUCAGAUGAAGAGAGUGAAGUGAGGAGUUUCCUACAGUGUCUGCCUUAUAUCUCACAGCUCAGCUGUGAUCCAGAGUUCUUCCAGAGUGUCUGCUCAUGCAUCUCUGUCAGAUCCAGAGAAGAGGCUGAGCAGUUGGUCUCUCUGCUGCAGCUGCUGGGGUCCACCCUGCUGUUAACAGGAGGGUUAAGCACCAGAUGCUGCCGGUCGGUGGGGACAGUUCUCGGACUCUGUGGCUCUGAUGUGGAUCUCAUCCUCAAACCAGGACAGAUGUCUGUGGAAGAAGCCUCCCUCCUCUUUAGUUCUACAGUACAACUGCACAGUCUGACGCUUUCCCAUGACAACGCCUUGCUACUGUGUGGAUGGGUAAAAAAAGGGAGAGUGGCCUGUUCAGUGACUAUUGAAGAGCUUUCUCUCUCCCCUCAGACAGCCCGUCCAUCUGAGAAAGUGUCGUUGAAGGUUGUCAGUGGUUUGGCGUCCCUGCUGAGCUGCUGGAAAAUCAGACGGUUAAACCUGACUGAGUUCUGUGUUCCUGCUCUGAGUCUCAUUCCACUGCUGCUUCAUGAUGAUCUAACAAUCAGACUGAGUGAGGACACUGUCCAGCAGUUCCUCUUCCUCCUCCAUGAAAACCAGGACGGGGACUUGACUCGGUCCUUCUUGAUCAAGGUUGGUGGAGACCUGAGCUCCUGCUGUCUGAACUGGGAGCUUCUUCACUUUCUGCUGCAGCAGUCGUCAGCUCAGACCAUCACUGUGAACCUGAAGAAGAACAGCUUCUUACAGGAGAGCAUCACACGUCUGCUUCCCUUCCUGGACAGGGUUGUGUUAAAAAGGCUCAGUCCCAGCUUUGUGUUGACUGCCGUCAGAGAGAUCUAUAAUGCUGGUGCCAGUCCCAGUAUACCCAGUUUACUGAGGUCACUGAAUCAUGUGAUCAGCCUGACCUGCAGAGAGAUGGACUCUGUGGACUGUGCUGCUCUGAUCUUCACCCUCAGACACAGUGACAAAGUUAAACUGAACCUCAUGUGGACGUCCAUACCAGCAGGGGAAGUAAAGUCCAUCAUCUUGAUGCUGGACAAAGUUUCUCAACUGAGUGUUGACAGGAAGCUGCUGCUGAGGUUGGUCCACUGUUGUGCUUCCUCUGACGUCCAGCAGGAGGCAGCGGUCGUCCUGCUCAGGUCUCUGCAGCACACACUGGAUCUGUCCUGCUCCUCCUGUGUGGAGCUGUUAGACCAGGAUCAGAGUGACACUCUCAGUCUGACUGCUGAUGACUGCAGGGCCGUCUCCACCAUCCUGAGACACAGCAGCAGCCGGGACACACAGCUCAUCCUGCAGGACUGUGAGGUGGAGGACAGUGGACUGGACCUGCUGUUUUCUGUCCUAGACAGAGUCUGCCUCAGAGCCAGUAAAGCUGUCCUCCUCCAGCUGUUGUCUCUGGUCCCUGUGAACAGUGAGAGGGACUCGGUGAGACGGGCAGAGUCCCUCUGUAGAGCUCUGAAUGCAGAGCUGGACCUCAGUCACAGCUCCCUGGAUCAGAGGACCUGUGAAGCCUUGGCCCUGAUGCUGGAUUUCUGUGCAGAGCUGACAGAGCUGGACCUCAGUCACUGUCAGCUCACAGACCAGCAGCUGCUCUCACUCUGCUCACAGCUGCACAAAGUACAAGUCCUGGAUCUGAGUCACAACAACAUCACUGAUGCUUCGACUGACACGUUACUCCAACUGGUCUCCAUCAACCCCGGCAUUCAAACUGUGCGACUCUUCAGAAACAACAUUGUGGACAGAAGCUCCUUUCAGAAAGACAAGCGGUUUGAAAUCUGGUGAACCAGUUGUCAGUGGGAUGCUAUUAACUGUUUCAAGUCUAAUGAUCUUUGGAAGAAAGUAUUACCUGUGGUACCUUGAUUUUUUUUUAUUAAGGCAAAACAAAUAGAAGCCAACUGUUACCUCAGUGACAACUGUGUUUUUUUAAUAUUGUGAUAACUAUUUUUUGGGAUGAAUGUUUAGCUAUAAUUAACAAGGCAAAAAAAAGCAUGUUCAAUAAGUUGAGAUGACAGAAAACUAUCUAAAGAGAACAAUCUUAAAAGUGUAAAUAUGAGUAUAUAUUUUAUUUGACAUUUUAAAUGGAGAAAAUUGUUCAUUUCCUCUGUCCGUUCUCAUUUCCUCAUUAAAAUACCUCUUUUACUGUAAACUGCAGUAAUCAGCGUUUUCUUGACUUUUAGUUUCACAGAAUAAAAUCUGAGUCAACCAGUUACCAGCUGAGUGACUUUGUGUCACAAACAGACCUCGUUCUAAGACUUCUAAGGUGCAUUGUCAUAGGACCAAUGUCAUAUUUUCUUGUAAUGCAACAGCUAUUUUAAAAUGUUGUGAAAUGUACAGUUGUAAAUAUAUUCAAUAAACAAAU